AUGUUCGUCUUCUCUUGGUGCUCGCGGCGCGUGGGGGGUCUGUCAGUUUUGUUUCUUGUUUUUGUAUGCGCUUUGGUCUUAUCAGAUGAAGCCAUACAUAGAAGGAGUAGGGCAGAUGUAUCGAAAGAGGCAAAGUUUCAUCUGUUUUCAGAUAUUGGAGGAAAGUUCUCCCUUGGAGAUUCUCUAACUUUGCUCUUCGCAUACUACUCACUGUUCAUCCAUGUGUUGGUCACAGCUUUCCCCUUCAGAGCAUGUUUUGCUAUCUGGGAUAUCACACGCAGCUUGCGGAGAAUCAGUCGUAUCAAGAAGAGGAAUACUUCAAAGUAUUACCAGAAAGUCUCGUCAAACUCCCUCUCAUCCACCGAAACUCUCGUGGCCUCUCUGACCUCCCUUUCUGGUUCUAGCGGCGCCGAAGACAUCGACCUUGGAUACAACGCCGACAUCGAGCUUGAACUGCCAAAGAUCAUUCACACGAUCUUACUUCCCAACUAUAAAGAGGAUAUUGAUGUUUUGAGAGAAACUUUAAAUGUCCUGGCUUGUCAUCCACAAGCCCGUUCUCAAUACGAGGUUAUCUUAGCAAUGGAGGCGCGUGAAUUGGACUGUGCUUCUAAGGCUACAAAUCUCAUUGUGGAGUUUAAGAAGGCUUUCAGAGACGUUGACUUUACUGUCCACCCGGACGAUAUUGAGAACGAAGCACCUGGGAAGAGUAGUAAUAUUUCAUGGGCUGCUCGGAAAGCCAGUGAAAAGUAUUCUUCCAAAAUUAGGGAUUGUGUUAUUGUUACUGUUAUCGAUGCUGACAGCCAUCUCUCCUCAAACUAUUUCUCCCAGCUUACGGACCUACAUUGCGCGCAUACCGAGACAGCCCCUACUACACUCUACUCCGCUCCUAUCAUAUUUGACAGAAAUGCCCAUCUCGUCCCAACACUCGUGCGAGUAGCUGACGUUCUCUGGGCCGCGGCUGGGAUUUCCGGGUUAUAUUGCAGCUCCACUAUCGGCCCCCCAACGUCCGUGUAUUCCCUUCCUCUCGGACUCGCAGAUAAGGUUGGAGGCUGGGACACGGGAAGUGAGGCAAUCGGAGAAGAUCUGCACAUGUACCUGAAGUGCUUCCUCAUACUGAGGGGAAACCUGACGACGAGAACUAUCUUGGCGCCUGUCAGCCAGACCAAUGUGUCAAGUGGCCUCAAGGGCCAUAGAGGACUCAUCCUAGAUUUCGGGGCCCGGUACAAACAAGCUCUUCGACACAUGUGGGGUGCUUUGGACAGCGGAUUUGCACUACGGCAAUUAGCUUCUGUGUGGAGGGAGAGAAAGACAACUGGGCGGACUUUCAAGCCUCUUCAUGCGAGCCGCAAUGACAGUUCCUACAUCCCCGAAGAAGAUUUAGAAAACCUUCUUGCGCACCAGCCAUCGCCGAAUGGGGCGUUCUCAGAUGUCAUGCACCACGAACUCCCAUCGCCGAACUGGGCGCGCAUCCUCUGCCUAUUCCACCGUCUCUUCGAAGCGCAUUUCCUCCCUGUCCAUAUGAUGAUUCUUGUCAUCUCAUCCUCGCUCUACGUUGUCAUCUCACCCGACGCACAAGACGACCUGAACGUGCGAUGGAUUUUCCAAACGACGGCCAUUCUACGAGUCGUCGGCUUCCUAGCUGUCGGUUUCUACAUGGCGCUGUACGAAAGCUAUCACAGCAUCUGCAUCCAUAGCCGCAAAUCAGAGAUGAAGGCCGCCGGGCUCUAUGAGAGCAUGGCUGGCGCAUUCUCACACAGAUCAUGGAGGACGAACUUCUGUGACUACGUGGCAAUACCCCUGGUAGCGCCGCUCUUUGGAAGUAUACCGGCGGUCCAGGCGCAGAUGUGCCAUUUCUGGACCCUAGACCUGGUGUAUGCAGUUAGCAGGAAGCCGCAGCCUCAAAGCCGGGUGAGAGAGAAAGAAGGGGGGGCCAUCGCUUAGGAAUUCAGGGGUAAAUUAUUUCAUAUCUCGCGGUUUUUUUGGUUAUAUAAGCAGUCAUAGGGGGAAAUCAACAUAUGAACUUACAGAUAAUCAAUUAAAGCAGGAUUUUAUAUGGCCGC